UUUAAGAUUCUACUCAUGGCUUUCAAUGCGUCAUAUUGAGUGUGCGAAUGAUAAACACCAUUCAUACUAUGAAUUUUGGCGGGGUGUGGCGAGGCGCGGACGCCAUUUGGGAAUUUACAACGAACCGAGUAUUUGUAGCAGAGACAUUGCAUAUAGCCUAUCGAAUUUGAAAAUGGAAUUGUUUAUUUUCAAUACUUGUGAAUCGCAGUCCUUUAUCAGUUGGCGCGUCGCGUCGUAUACCUCACCCACGCAUUGUUAUUAGAUAAGUUAUAGUGUUUUUGGACAAUGACGAGUCGCAGUGUUUAGAAACAACGCUUUGAACAAGGAUGGGUCGCGCCAAAGUUCCACACUGUAAAGAUCAAAUGACAAGCGGCGAAAAUUAUGAAUAAACAAUUAAAUAAUGAAGAUAUCACAGAAAUUCUAAAUGAAUUAAAACGGCUUAUAAACAGGCUUGAUAAACGCAUAUUGCCUCAUUAUGCAGGUACUGACAAGCUCGCUGAAAAGUUCCAUCCUAACAUCCUAUACGCAUUAAAACAAGAACAUGAGGUGAUCAUUAACUCUAGAGAAAUAAAACAAACGUUUUCACGGUCAGUUGGUCCUGGUUUACUGUCAACUGAUCAUGGUGUUCAUACUGAAGAACCUUUUAAUGCAGAAGUCGCUGUGUCGUCAGUUGAAUCGAAUUGUAUCGAUACAAGAGAGUCGAGUCAAGAAACAGAGGGAGAUAUAAUUAGGACAUUGGAGGAAACAGAUGCAUUUAACGAUGAAAAUAGUUCAGCAGACAAUAAUUGUCCAUCAAGUGGACAGCAUGAAAUUCAAAAUGAUUUAUGUGAUUCCCGAGACACGACAGACGAUGAGGAUAUUCUAGACUUGAUGAUAUACGAAUCGGAUCAUGAUGACGAUCAUAAUUCAUCCGAUGACAUAGUUGUCACGAAUUCUAUGGCGAGGGAAGAUGAUGCUUCUAUGGAUAAUUUCGUCACACAAAACAAAAGAGAACACGAAAACAAUGAAAAUAUAGAUCCUGAAACUAAUUUAAACAAACUUAAUAAUCAAAAUUUGCACAUCGAGGACACUAUAAACGAUGAUGAAUAUAGAUAUUGCUUUCCUUACCUAAAAACAAAAACAUGUAAGAAACCUAAAUGCAAAUUCAUACAUGAUUUUCCAACCACAGAGAUUAUGCACAAGAUAUUAAAGAAAUUAUAUAAAAAACCAUUAUUUGAUUUGCUAACUAGUUACAGUCUUAAACGAAUAUACGGAGAUUGCUUUGCUAAAGCGUUUUCCCAAAGACAUGACUUAAAGAAUCUCUUUACAAUCAUGAUGGAAUUUUUAGAACAUUCACCAAAAGUGAAAAUUACGGAUCGCAUAAUAAACACCACUCUAAAUUAUUUUAAUAAUUAUUAUAAAAACAUCAAUCUUACGCCAUAUAAAAAAAUAUUAUUAGCAUAUGUAUGUCCAGAGAAACAAUUGUACAUGGUGCUGUUCGAGCGGGUUUUAAGAAGAAAAAUAAAUAAUGAAAAUGAUUUUAAGUCAUUCAAACGGGUUUGUUUGUUAUUAACUGAUUUUAUAAUCGAUAAUUGUAGAGAAGUUGACAUGUCCACUACAGAAAUAUUCAUGAACAAAAUUUGUAAUGUGCAAUACGAUCAAAGCUUGACAAAAGCGUUAAUGAAUAUGAUGCGACGUACAAGUGCAGAAAUAUUCGAAAAUCCCGCAAUACAGCGUCUAGAGGAAGUCAUAAAACGCAAUGCAGCACUCUAUGAACAAUAUUUACAAUUAAAAGACGCCAAGAGGAAGAAAGAUAAUGGUGUUAAAAAUUAUAAUAUUGGAUCUCAAGUUCAAAAUUAUGUUAAUGAAGUCACGAGUACUUCGAUAAGUAACAAUUUACAAUAUUCUUCUAAGAGGAAUAAUGGAGCAACAGAUAUCACUGAAAGGGGAAUCAACCAUCCCAUUCCAAAUGGUUCUGAAGAUUUGCCUGAUUCUACUGUACCUUAUAAGGAUACCGACGAUUUAACAAUUGCGGAUUAUGAAAGAAAUUCACGUGAAAUAAGUAAUAAUUAUUAUAUGUCUGGAAAGAAUUAUUCACAAGAUAGAACAUGGUGCUUAUUUUAUAUAUUAGGUCGUUGUAACAGACAUAAUUGUAGUUACCGACAUGGGGAGCCAGAUCUAGAAGAAUUCAAUAAACUGCUGAACCAGAUCAAAGAGGAAAAGUUAUUUACCUUGAUCAAACACCAGCCCAUAGUAAAGAAAUACGGGAAAUGCCUCGCUCAAAAGUUUUAUGAACAAAAAUCUACUAAACUAUUGGUGAUGUUGGCUGUGGAGUGCUUGAUGUUAGCAGACAUCAUACCAGAUAUUAAAACUGACGUAAUGAAUGUAACAUUACGUUACUUCAACAAGCCUGAAAUUGAUGUUCGUCUUUGCGAAGACCUUCUAAAUAAAAAAAUACAAACGAAGUCUGUUCAAUCGCUGCUGUUAAAACAAUUAUUAACUAAUGACACUCUUGCAGAAUCCACGAAUGCACUCAUUUUCUUGAUAAAUUCAAUAAGUGCAAGUAAUGAAACGUUUGGUUACUAUGCCGCAGAAUCUAUUCUGGAAAGAGUUUGCUCAACAUACAGUACCAAUUUGGCAAGAUCUUUUAUGAAUGUCAUUCGUCUUACCUACCCAAAAAUACUUAAACAUUCCUUAAUAUCUCGAUUCGAAGAAUUAUUGGCAACGGACAAAGAUCUUCUCGAGCAGUAUAAAGUUUUGAAAACCGCCAAUAAUAAAGGCGAUGUAGAUACACGUCGAAUUGCUAAUGAAACAGUUAGCUCGUCAAAUGUUACUAUGGACAUUGUUACACAAAAUCGUAGGCGGAGUACGGACGAAACAUCUUCAAAGGCCAACAGUGCACGUCCCAAGCCUGCUGCCUCCAUAAAGAGACGGCGCUUCACAAACCACAACCCGGUGGCCCAGACACCUGAACCGAGUCCUGUCAUACCGCCUCAUCCGCACAGAAAGCCAAUAAAGAUAUUUCCUUGCCAUUGGGCCCCCCUCAUUGGUACUUCGAGUAGUAAACCGGAGGGAAGUCAGCAAAGAAAUGGCCAAGCAGAUUCGCCUUGAUCUCAUUUUUAUUUUUAAGGCUUUUUU